AUGGCGGCGAGAGCGCCCCUCCCCCCCCCCUCCCCCCUUCGCUUCAGAGAGGCGUUUAUCCUGUUGCCUGACCUCCGCCGCCACCCGGACCCCCGCCCCGCGCCCGCAGCGCCGUCUCCCCGCGCCGCUUCCCGCUCGACCCACGGCGGCAGAUCCGACGGAGAUCGUCCCCGGGGUAACCUGGGCGCGGUGGGGGACGCGGCGGGGGGGCGCGGCCGCUCUUCUGCCUCUCCCGCGGCCAUCGGCGACUGCAGGCAGGGGAAGCGACAGGUGACGAAGCUUAUGGAAAAAAAGACCAAAGGCCUCGAGGCUCCCUCUUUCCCUUCGGUCGCCGUGGGUGUGCCGGCCGCCUCUGGCAGGACUAACCCUGUGGCUUUUAUGUCCAACGUGCUGUGCUGUGUGUGCCUGCAGACUGAAUGCACUCCCUUUAUUCACCUUUUCAGAGAGUAUCGGCCAGAAUACGAGCGCCUGAGAAAAACACUGAAUCCACAGGUAAAUCUUUGUCUACGGGAGAAAGCUCAAAAUAAACAAAAGAGAGAGCAGCUGGAACACUUGUGGAAGGACAUGGGCAGCGUGUGUGUGCAGGGCAGCACACUGGCAGAAUUGCCACGAGAGGAAAUACUUCAGAGGGGCUUCCCUCCAGAUAAGCCCUGAAUGUGCCAGGAGGUUUCAGCCGGGAGAAAGGAGCUGUGGAAGAAAAGCAGCCUAAAAAUAGCCAGUGGGGAUCAUCAGGUUUUCCAGGCAAGAAGAACAAGGAGAGAGAUGAGGGAAUCGGGUUCCAAUUCCUAAUGAUUUGGUGGGUGCAGGAAUGAUUUGUGUGUGUUUUCCAGUCCCUUUUGAUUCCUGAGAUGAUUUUAAAAUGAUGGCUUUAGCAAUCAACUAAAUCGGAGGUGUUGUUUUUGAGAGGAAAUGAUGCCAAAUAAAUGCAGAGUUUUGGGUCA